UUUUCGUGGCUCAUAUUUCCUCUCACAAACUCCUGGUUUCUCUUCCUUCAAUUUGGCAUCCUUUUCUCUCUCCAACUUGGAAAUUUAAUUAAUUAAUAAAUACAAAAAAACCCCCAAAAAUAAAGGAAAAACAAAAAAUAAAUUCAGCUUCCUUUGCUCAUCAUCAUCUUCUUCUUCUUCAUUUCCUCUGAUUUUUUGUUUCACUCACUAAAACUUCUUCGACUCUUACUUUCUCUCUCCUACCUAACUUAGCUCAAUUCUUUCUAUUUCCGCCAUUUUUUCUAGCUCUACUUUGGUUUCUAGAAAUUUCCUCCACUUGAAAUUUUGAUCGGUUUUGUUAUUGUUUUUUUUACUGAAAAUCAAUGGGGUGAACUUUGUUCUUCAUCAUGACCAGAUAACAUCUGUUAUUGUGUCUUAUUAAGAUUUGCGAGGACACGAUUGUUUCGUAGAAUUGAGCUAUAGUAAUACUACUGCUACUACUAUUACUACUACGAUUAUGGGUUUUGGGGAAAGAUGACUAGAUGAGAAGGAGAAGAAGCUAUUUAUUAUCAUUUGCUUGUUUUUUGAGAGGAUCUGAAGCAGCUUGCUGCUCUUCGUGUCCGUUUAAUGAACAAUUAUUCUUCCGGCGAAGAACCGAUCGUUAAGACUCGAAAGCCUUACACGAUCACCAAGCAACGAGAGCGAUGGACAGAAGAGGAGCACAAUAGGUUUCUGGAGGCCUUGAAACUCUAUGGUCGAGCUUGGCAGCGGAUUGAAGAACAUAUUGGGACAAAGACCGCUGUCCAGAUAAGAAGUCAUGCACAGAAGUUCUUUUCAAAGUUGGAAAAGGAGGCUCUUGUUAAAGGUGUUCCGAUAGGGCAAGCAAUUGAUAUAGAAAUUCCUCCUCCACGCCCUAAAAGGAAACCAAGCAACCCUUAUCCUCGCAAGACUGGUGCUAUAAGUUCCCCUAACACACAGGUAAGAGCAAAGGAUGGGAAGCAAAUACCAGGCUCUAUACACAAUACAGAAGAAGCUAUAGAUUUAGAAAAAGAGCAAUUCCCUGAGGAACCUGGUGGUGAUGAUGGAGAAUCAAGCCCUAAAGAGAUCAGUGGUGGUGACAAGUGCACUGAAGCAUUUACAAUUUUCCGAAAAGCACCAUCUGCCUUGGGAGCAUCUUCUAAUGAAUUAUCUGCCAGAGCCAUGGGAACAACUAGAAAGUUAUCCAACUUCAAGGAGUUUGUGCCGAUAAGGAAACCACUAGCCGACAAUGAAACAAGAGAUCUUAAUGUUGCUGAUGGACAUAACACAAGUCAUGAGCCCGAUAAAUCUGAUGUUGUGGAGAUGAUUCAGAAUGACUCAGAAAAUGAAACAAAUGCAGCUAAAACAUUUCCCAGACAUGCUCCUGUUCAGAUUCUUGAUGGAAACCUGGCGUCAUGCAGUCAGGGUUUUUCUUCAGAUGUAUCAUAUCAAGAACCUGCAUUUCAUCCAAUGGGGACCCCGGGCCAGCCUGCAUUUUUUAGCAAUCCUACUGUUUCAGCUGCUGUAGAAAGCCAAACUAGCACUUCAAAAUCCAAUAAUCACCAAAUGUUUCCAAAUUCCCAUCCUCCAUUUAGUCCGUUUCCUAACAGCCAGGAAAAUUAUUCGUUUCUGCAGAUGUCCUCAACUUUUUCAAGCAUGAUUGUUUCUGCUCUUGUUCAGAAUCCAGCUGCACAUGCUGCAGCAAGUUUUGCAGCUUCAUUUUGGCCCUGUCCAAAUGUAGGAAAUUCAGCCAAUUCUCCUGCAGGCUCCAAUGGAGGUUUCCCUCCUCGUCCAAUGAACUCGGCUCCUAGUGUAGCAGCAAUUGCUGCUGCUACAGUAGCAGCUGCUACUGCUUGGUGGGCAGCACAUGGACUGCUGCCAUUGUGUGCUCCAUUACAUGGUGGCUAUUCUUUUCCUCCUGCUUCAGCAACUGCUCCAUUAGCUAAUUUUGGCCAAACUCCACCUGCUAAUGAAGAAAAGGAAGAGAACAAUUUCCAAAUUCCUGGAUCACAAGUUCAGCAACCUAACCAGGAAUUGUCUGUAGCUUUAAAGCCACAACAUUCAGCAUCCAAAUCCUCAGCGACAUCUUCGUCUGAUUCCGGUAACAUUAUUAGUGAAAAAAUGGAUAUUGGAGUGGCAGCCGACAAUAACGAGAAGGAUGUCCCUGACUUAAGUGAGCAAAAUGACACAAGCAAGGGGAAGAGCAAGAAACAGGUGGAUCGCUCAUCUUGUGGUUCUAACACACCUUCAGGCAGCGACAUUGAAACUGAUGCUUUGGAAAAAGUUGAUAAAGAAAAAGAAGAAGCCAACGAGCCUGAUGUAAGUCGUCCUACCAGUGAACCUAGUAGUCGCCGCAAUCGAAUCAUUGGCAACUUAUAUGAUUCCUGGAAGGAGGUUUCCGAGGGGGGGCGGCUGGCAUUUCAAGCACUUUUUUCUAGAGAGGUUUUGCCCCAGAGCUUUUCACCACCACUAAAUUUUACUGGCAAGAGCCAAGAAAUGAAUGGGUUUGUUGAAGAGUUUAGGCAAACUGCUGAGGAAAGCAAUAAUGCAUCACAAUUGGACCUCAACAGCAAUGCAUGGGAAUCUUGCUCCAGCAAUCAAGGCGUAGAAAAAAUCAAAUUACGAGAAGAGGACAAUUGCAAAGAUGGGCUGCUGACAUAUAGUCAUGAACAAGGGAAGCUGAAGACAAACAGAACAGGUUUUAAGCCAUACAAGAGGUGUUCUGUGGAGGCCAGAGAGAGCAGCAGGGUGAUGAACUCCAGCGCUCCGGAGCAAGAAAAAUGUUCAAAGAGAUUGCGCCUUGAUGGGGAGGCUUCAACUUGAUGUGUAAGGGAAACCUUGCUCACUACAAGUCCCCCCCAGUUAUCAGUUUCUUUAUUUCAGUCCUAAAAAGUUCACGAGACCUUUCGUGUUUGUACUAUAAUAGACUACAUUGCUCUAUUUCAUUUCUCAGACUUCCUCGGAUGCUUGCAAUCUCCAUGAAUAGACUUAAAAUCAUUAUUCUCAUAAACUCUGGAUCUCAAAUUAAAAACAAACCUGUUCUGCUGCUCUUCAUGUUAUCAUACAUUCUGUUGCUUCA